AUGUUCGCCAACCUCGCUACCGUCCUCCCCUACCUCGCCCUCGCGGGUCUCGCUCUCGAGGCCACUCCGGUUGCCGCCAAGCACCAGGGUGGUGUUCAGCGUCGCGCCGCCCAUGCUCGCCAUGUCAAGCAGGUCGAGCGCAACUACAACGCUCACCUUCCUCGCAGCUCCAAGGUGAAGCGUGAUGCUCCUCAGAUCUCCACCCUUCCCGACGGACGCAAGUGCAAGGUCCGCCCCUCGCCUGCUGCCCCUUCGCUCUCGCAGCCCACCUCUACCCAGUCCGCCGACCAGCAGCAGCAGGGUCAGGACCAGCAGCAGCAGGACCAGAGCCAGCAGCAGCAGGGUCAGGACCAGCAGCAGGGCCAGGACCAGCAGCAGCAGCAGGACCAGGGCCAGCAGCAGCAGGAGCCGCAGCAGUCGGCCUCUGCUGAGGCUCCCCCGCAGGCCUCCGCCGCUCCUCCCCAGAUCGGUUCCACCUCGACUGGUUGCGCCACUGCCGGCUGGAAGAACACUGGCUCCAAGCUCGGUAUUGCUUGGCCCAACGGUGACUACUGGGGACCUAAUGACCAGCAGUACAUCACCAACUACAUUGGUUCCAAGUCGUCGUGGUACUACACCUGGUCGUCGUACCGCGUCAGGUCCGCCGACGAGGCUGGUCUCGAGUUCGUCCCAAUGCUCUGGGGCAAGGACAAGAUCGACGAUGGAUCGUGGGACGAGAACUGCAACAAGAACUUCGAUGGCGCCCUCGUCGCCAACGCUCUCUUCUUCAACGAGCCCAACCAGCACGACCAGUCGGCCAUCUCGCCCGAGGACUCUGUCUGGAUCUGGAUUGAGAAGUUCCUUCCUCUCCGUAACAACAAGGGCAUCAAGCUCGGUGGUGCCGCCCCCACCUCUGCUCCUGACGGAGUUGAGUGGGUCAAGCGCUUCCACCAGGCCUGUGUUGAGCAGGGUCACGCCGACUGGGAGUGCACUGCUGACUUCGCCCCUGUCCACUACUACGAUGUCGACGUCGAGCACUUCAAGCAGUACCUGAUCAACUUCCACAACCAGGUCAACAAGCCCCUCUGGGUCACCGAGUACGCGUGCCAGAACUUCAACAACGGUGCCCAGUGCGACGACGGUGCCAUCUGGUACAUGCACUCGGAGAUGAGCAAGUGGAUGGACCAGCAAGACUGGAUCCAGCGCUACGCUCCCUUCGGUGUCAUGCAGAACAUGCAGAACGUCAACCCCAACAACGCCCUGAUGAGCUCGAACGGCUACAUCACUCCCCUCGGCUCCUCGUACGCCUCUGGCUUCGACUAA